AUGGCUGCUCGUUCUGCCUCUCCCAUCCACUACCUGCAGAUGAACGCUGCCGGUGGCCACCUGUGGCUCGGCGGCAAUGCUAUGGACGUCGAGGUUCCCGGUGGCCAGCAGACCUAUGUCGAGGCGUCUGGUGCUCUUGCGUUCACCCAGGCCCACUCCGCGUACAUCCCCGCCGGUGCCUCGGUUGGUGGACUGCGGUAUGAGCCUGGCAAGCCCUGGUCCCACCUCACCUACAAGGACACUGGUCUCAUGGCCUGCCCUACCGAGGACAAGCGCUGGCAGGUGUAUGUCGCUCAGCAGAACGCCACUGUGCCUUCCGGUAAGGUGUCCGACUGCUUGGGCUUCAGUGCCAUCGCCCUCACCUACAAGGGUGAUAUCCCCGCCUGGCAGUACGCUUAA